CCAGUGUACAGCUAUGCGGUCUAUAAGGCACAUCGCACGCGUGUCGUGAUGUCACGGGGGGCUCGCCUCUCAGGAGGUAGGUUGUGUUUGUCCCCCCAGACUCAUUGUCAUGCUAAGUAACCCAAGAGUUUGCGCUGAGCCGCUUCAAGUGCGUUUUGUUUGCUCAGCCCAGUCGGCGCUGUAAUGAGAUACGACAGAAAGCAGGAGGUGGAUCCCCCCUCGGAAAGUGCUUCGCCUCUGCCCACCGACCUCACAUCCCCAGAAAGGUGAGGCUGGUCGGACGCCAAGUGGAUUAAGCACUAAAGCGGCGAUUUAAGCGUGAGGAGCAGGAGCUGAGCAGAAGGAGGUGCAGAGCGCUGGCCACGGCUGCCCCGUUCGGAACUAGCACUUGGCGGCUUUUGUAGGAUCCUCGGGCUGAUCACCUGGGAGAGGAGAGACGUCAGGAUCUGCAGCAUAAAUUGGGAUGUGAGGAGAGUCCAGGGGAUCGCAGUCACUGACUGAUGAAGGACGGCGCAGAUAUGCCGACAUCACCGGCCUCUUUCAGCCUUCCACUUGGUCUCUUGCGAGGAUGCUGACUGUGGUCCGUCUGCCGUGAUCACGGCUGACAGCGGCGACAAGCGUGGAGAAGCCGCCCAGAGGAUGACACGAGAGUGCCCGUGGAAAGGCGCCCUUCUCGCCGUCUGCGCUCUCGCCCUGCUGCGCCCUGUGGCGCCCUUCCUCACAGGAUCGGUGGCCAGCUGUGAAAAUGAAGGCCAAGUCUUACAGAUUCCAACAAUCACCGACAAUCCAUGCAUCAGCUGCAUCUGCCAGAACAAAGAGGUGACCUGCAAGCGUGAGAAAUGUCCACUCAUCCCUAAAGACUGUGCUCUGGUGGUUAAACAGAGGGGUGCGUGCUGUCAAAAGUGCAAAGGGUGUCAGAUUGACGGGAGUCAUUACAACAGCUCCAGAAGGUGGCAACAGCCCUCCCAGCCCUGCAGCCAGCGAGUGUGCCAGGAAGGUGUUGUCACUGAGUCAGACGUGCAGUGUGUAGUGCAUUGUAAGAAUCCCAUAGUGCAACGAGGCAUGUGCUGCCCGUCGUGCCCAGGUUGUGUCUUUGCAGGCCACCAAUUUCAAGAGGGAGAGGAAUUCCACCCAGAAGGGAACAGAUGUGUCACCUGCCUCUGCACUCAGGGAGGCCGCACCCGCUGCAUGAAGGAAGUGUGCCCCGUCCUGUCUUGUCCCCAACACCUGAGCCACACGCCUGCUGGACAGUGCUGCCCAAAGUGUUUAGGCCAGAGGAUCGUGUUUGAUUUGUCCCUUGGAAACUGCCUCUUUCAUAGCGAAGUGUAUGAGCAUGGAACGUCUUUCCAGUACGACAACUGCACGACUUGUGUCUGUAAGAAUUCAACAGUUGUUUGUCAGCGGAGGUGUUCACGUACUGGAGAAUGUCAUGGGGAGAGCGGCCAGUGCUGUGAGGAAUGCGUGUCCUACGUACCAGCUGAAGAGGUCAAAUUCUGCCAAGAUGGCAAUAAAAUGUAUAGGGAUGGAGAGAUGUGGCCAUCCACUAACUGCACACUUUGUGCCUGUGUGAAGGGGAAGAUGGAGUGCCACAAGAAGGAGUGCACACCCAUCCAGAGCUGUCCACCAGGGAAAAUCCUCAAUCGUAAUGGCUGCUGUCCUCUGUGCACUGAAAAACCUGGAGUUUGCACUGUGUUCGGAGACCCUCAUUACAAUACUUUUGACGGAAGGACGUUUAACUUUCAGGGCACAUGUCAAUAUGUUUUGGCCAAAGACUGCUCUGCAGCUGGCAGCUUUCAGGUGCUGGUGAAGAACGAUGCCCGCAAAACACGCUUGUUCUCCUGGACAAAGUCAGUAGAGUACAUCACUAAUGAUGUGAGCAUCAGCUUGCACCAGCACCUCUCAGUGAAACAGAACGGCACACGAAUAUCACUGCCCUACGAGACACCGCACCUGCACAUUGACUUAGAGGGGUAUUUACUGAAGCUGACGACAACAACCGGGCUGGAGAUCUCGUGGGAUGGCGAUAGCUUUGUUGAGAUCACUGCAGCCCCUCAUCUGCGAGGCAAGCUUUGUGGCUUGUGUGGAAACUACAAUGGACACAAGCGGGAUGAUUUCAUUGGAGGGGAUGGCAAUUUCAAGUUUGAUGUCGAUGAUUUUGCCGAAACAUGGCGGGUAGAGUCCAACGAAGUGUGCCACCAGCUACAGAAAAGACCUUCCCCUUACCUUUGCCCCGGAAGUGUCAAAGUGAAAUUCCGUGCUCACCGUGAGUGUCAGAAGCUCAAAUCCUGGGAGUUCCAGAAGUGCCAUUCCACUGUGGAUUUCACUUCAUUUUACAGGUCCUGUGUCACAGACAUGUGUGAGUGCCCAGUCCACAAGAACUGCUACUGUGAGUCCUUCAUCGCCUACAGCCGUGCCUGCCAACGGGAAGGGGUGCAGGUGCACUGGAAACCGGAGCAGAGCUGCAUGGCCACCCAAUGCAAGCACGGAGCAGUCUUUGACACCUGCGGGCCGGGGUGCACCAAAACCUGCGAUAACUGGAAUGAAAUCGGCCCGUGCAAUAAACCCUGCGUGGCUGGAUGCCAUUGCCCCGCAAACCUCGUUCUGUCCAAAGGAAGGUGCAUCAAACCCACACUAUGUCCUCGCCGGUGACAGCAUCCUCAGCGGAAGCCUUGGCUUCCGCGACCUUGGCAGCCCUAGAGGCGGUGGGCUCGGCCACUGGACUGUCGGCUUGUGGAGACCAUGAAGGGUCGAUAAGCUGCUUGGUGACUGAAGCAACUUAGGAAACGAGAAAAAGCAGUGUAGCUGUAGCCUGAUGUGUAAAUGUUAAUUUUUUACAGAUUAUUUUAAAGGGAAGAAAACUUUAUUUAUGAACAGAGCAAACCCGUAUUUAGUCCGACUCUAGAAUUAUCUUCAUAUUUAAUAAUAUAAAAUGUCCAAAACUAG